UCUGUCUGUGUGAAGUGUGUUUUUAGACGCUCCCUUACACACUACGGGGGAGUCACAGACUUUAUUCUUAUCUUUCGUGUCUGAAAGUUAAAGUAAAACUCCAGAGCUUAUUCUUCUGCAUCUAAAAAGCCAGAAUCGAUUCUAUACAGAUUAUUAAUGUUUCAUAUGAACCUUUAUCAAUGUUUUCACGGGCAGGAGUAUUUCGUGAAUCUCUCUGAAUCAAAGACAAGCUUUUUUUAGAAUCAGUGCUGGAGAUCAGAUCCUGUUCAUCAUGGAACAAACAUCCACAGAUGAAGAGUUUUCUCCAGGGCGCAGUUCAUUUCAUCAGAAGAGAUCAGAAGCAGAGCCCAGCUGUGUGUCUAUGAAGAGUGAUCAGUCUAUGAGUCAUCCAAUACUGUUUAAGAGUGAAGACAAAAGGACUGAUCUCUGUUCAUUUCAUCAGAAGAGUGAUCGGUCUAUGGAUCGUCCAAUACAGUUUAAGAGUGAAGAAACAAACACUGAUCUCGGGCAAGACAUUCUCAACAUGUUCAGGUCAAAUCUACUGAAGAAGUUUGAGCAUCUGUACGAGGGAACAUCGAUGCAGAGGAACCCAACACUCCUGAAUGAGAUCUACACAGAGCUCUACAUCACAGAGAGUGAGAGAGGAGAGAUCGUUAAUGAGCAUGAGGUGAGGCAGUUAGAGGCACAGUUCAGGAGAACAGCAACAGAGGACACAGCCAUCAAAUGCAGUGACAUCUUCAGAUCUUUACCUGGACAAGAUAAAGACAUCAGGACUGUGUUGACAAAGGGAGUCGCUGGCAUUGGAAAAACAGUCUCUGUGCAAAAGUUCAUUCUGGACUGGGCUGAAGGGAAGGAGAAUCAAGACAUACAGCUCAUAUUUCCACUUCCUUUCAGAGAAAUCAACCUGAUGAAGGACAAAACACUCAGUCUUUCAGAUCUUCUUCAUGUGUUUUUUCCUGAAACUAAAGAAAUGGAAAUAUCCAGUGAUCAAUAUAAAGUGUUGUUCAUCUUUGAUGGUUUGGACGAGUGUCGUCUAUCUCUGGAUUUUCAGAGCAUUGUAAAGUUGUGUGAUGUAAGUGAAUCAGCCUCAGUGGAUGUGCUGCUGAUGAACCUGAUUGUGGGGAAUCUUCUUCCCUCUGCUCUCAUCUGGAUCACCUCCAGACCAGCAGCAGCUGAUCUUGUCCCCUCUGAGUGCGUCCAUCGAGUGACAGAGGUACGGGGCUUCAAUGAGCCACAGAAGGAGGAAUACUUCAGGAAGACAAUCAGUGAUCAGAGUCUGGCAAACAGGAUCAUCUCACACCUGAAGUCAUCAAGGAGCCUCUACAUCAUGUGCCACAUCCCAGUGUUCUGCUGGAUCUCAGCCACUGUUCUAGAGAAGAUGUUGAGUCAAGCAGAGACAGGAGAGAUUCCCAAGAAUCUCACUCAAAUGUACACACACUUACUGAUCCUUCAGACCAACAUCAAACAUGAGAAGGACUAUGAGAAGAAGGUGGCAGAUGAAGACAUGAUCCUCAAACUGGGGAAAGUGGCUUUUCAGCAGCUUGUGAAAGGAAACCUGAUCUUCUACGAGGAAGACUUGAAAGACUGUGGCAUUGAUUUGACUGAAGCAUCAGUGUACUCAGGAUUGUGCACUCAGAUCUUCAGAGAGGAGUUGGGUUUAUAUCAGGGGAAAGUCUUCUGCUUUGUUCAUCUGAGCAUUCAGGAACAUCUAGCAGCUCUAUAUGUGCACCUCUCCUGGACAAAACACAACAAAAAUGUGUUUGACCAGAGUUUGUGGUCUAAAGUGAAGGACUGGUUUCAACUCAAUUCAUCAAAACAUGUUUCAUUAUCUGAGCUACAUCAGAAAGCAGUGAAAGAGGCUCUACAGAGUAAAAAUGGACAUCUGGAUCUUUUCCUUCGGUUCUUUCUGGGUUUGUCAGUGGAGUCUAAUCAGAUUCUUCUACAACAAAUAAUGAAAAAGUCAAGAAGCCGAUCUAAAAGCAAUAAGAAAACAGUUGAGUACAUCAAGGAAAACAUCAGGACCAUUGACUCUCCAGAGAAAUCCAUCAAUCUGUUCCACUGCCUGAAUGAACUGGGUGUUCAUUCACUAGUGGAGGAAAUACAACAGUAUCUGAAAUCUGGAACAAUAAAGGAAGCCAAGCUCUCUUCAUUUCAGUGGUCAGCUUUAGUUUUUGUGUUGUUGACAUCAGAAGAGGAACUGAAUGAGUUUCGUCUUGAUAAAUUUGUUAAAGAAAUGAAUAAUCCUGAAAACAUGAAAGUUCUUCAGAAGCUGCUGCCUGUGAUUAAAGAGUCCAGAUCAGUUCAGUUGAGAGAUUGUGGCGUCACAGAUGAAGGUUGUUCUGCUCUGGCUUCAGCCCUGAGAUCAAACCCCUCACAUCUGAGAGAACUGAAUCUGUCUGGGAAUAAACUAGGAGAAUCAGUGAAUCUGCUCUCUGCUGUACUACAGGAUCCUGACUGUAAACUGGAGAAACUGUGGUUGGAUUAUUGUGGCAUCACAGAUGAAGGUUGUUCUGCUCUGGCUUCAGCUCUGAGAUCAAACCCCUCACAUCUGAGAGAACUGAAUCUGUCUGGGAAUAAACUAGGAGAAUCAGUGAAUCUGCUCUCUGGUGUACUACAGGAUCCUGACUGUAAACUGGAGAUACUGUGGUUGGAUUAUUGUGGCGUCACAGAUGAAGGUUGUUCUGCUCUGGCUUCAGCUCUGAGAUCAAACCCCUCACAUCUGAGAGAACUGAAUCUGUCCAGGAAUAAAGUAGGAGAAUCAGUGAAUCUGCUCUCUGGUGUACUACAGGAUCCUGACUGUAAACUGGAGAUACUGUGGUUGGAUUAUUGUAGCAUCACAGAUGAAGGUUGUUCUGCUCUGGCUUCAGCUCUGAGAUCAAACCCCUCACAUCUGAGAGAACUGAAUCUGUCUGGGAAUAAACUAGGAGAAUCAGUGAAUCUGCUCUCUGCUGUACUACAGGAUCCUGACUGUAAACUGGAGAAACUGUGGUUGCAUUAUUGUGGCAUCACAGAUGAAAGUUAUUCUGCUCUGGCUUCAGCUCUGAGAUCAAACCCCUCACAUCUGAGGGAACUGAAUCUGUCUGGGAAUAAACUAAGAAGUGAUUCAGUGAUUCUGCUCUCUGGUGUACUACAGGAUCCUGACUGUAAACUGGAGAUACUGUGGUUGAGAGAUUGUAGCAUCACAGAUGAAGGUUGUUUUGCUCUGGCUUCAGCUCUGAGAUCAAACCCCUCACAUCUGAGAGAACUGAAUCUGUCUGGGAAUAAACUAGGAGAAUCAGUGAAUCUGCUCUCUGCUGUACUACAGGAUCCUGACUGUAAACUGGAGAAACUGUGGUUGCAUUAUUGUGGCAUCACAGAUGAAGGUUGUUCUGCUCUGGCUUCAGCUCUGAGAUCAAACCCCUCACAUCUGAGAGAACUGAAUCUGUCCAGGAAUAAACUAGGAGAAUCAGUGAAUCUGCUCUCUGGUGUACUACAGGAUCCUGACUGUAAACUGGAGAUACUGUGGUUGAGAGAUUGUGGCGUCACAGAUGAAGGUUGUUCUGCUCUGGCUUCAGCCCUGAGAUCAAACCCCUCACAUCUGAGAGAACUGAAUCUGUCUGGGAAUAAACUAGGAAAAUCAGUAAAUCUGCUCUCUGGUGUACUACAGGAUCCUGACUGUAAACUGGAGAAACUGUGGUUGGAUUAUUGUGGCGUCACAGAUGAAGGUUGUUCUGCUCUGGCUUCAGCUCUGAGAUCAAACCCCUCACAUCUGAGAGAACUGAAUCUGUCUGGGAAUAAACUAGGAGAAUCAGUGAAUCUGCUCUCUGGUGUACUACAGGAUCCUGACUGUAAACUGGAGAAACUGUGGUUGGAUUAUUGUGGCGUCACAGAUGAAGGUUGUUCUGCUCUGGCUUCAGCUCUGAGAUCAAACCCCUCACAUCUGAGAGAACUGAAUCUGUCUGGGAAUAAACUAGGAGAAUCAGUAAAUCUGCUCUCUGGUGUACUACAGGGUCCUGACUGUAAACUGGAGAUACUGUGUUUGUAUCCAGACUAGAUGGUGGAUCAGCACACAGAGAUUAUGUUCAUCAGAGACCAGAA